GGCAAAAAGCAGAGCAACCAGAAGUGAUGACCAAAUAUGGGAGGGUCCGAGGGUACCAAUUCAAAGUAGAUGCAGCUAAGAGGAGUGUAAAUGUCUUUUUGGGACUUCCUUUUGCUAAGCCUCCAGUUGGACCAUUGAGGUUUUCUGAACCCCAGCCACCUGAGCCAUGGAAAGGUGUCAGAGAUGCCACUUCCUACCCACCAAUGUGUCUACAGGAUAAAGUACAAGGACAGGUUUUUUCAGAUAUUAUUACUAAUAGAAAAGAAAAAGUUCUUCUCCAAGUGUCUGAAGAUUGCUUGUACCUAAACGUGUAUACACCCAUUUCUACAGAAAACGAGGAGAAACUGCCUGUCUUUGUAUGGAUCCAUGGAGGUGGAUUAGCUUUUGGAGCAGCUUCAUCAUAUGAUGGUUCAGCAUUAGCAGCCUUUGACCGUGUAGUGGUUGUAACAAUUCAGUACAGAUUAGGUAUUGUCGGAUAUCUUAGCACUGGUGAUAAGCACGCCCGAGGUAACUGGGGGUAUUUAGAUCAAGUAGCAGCUCUUCAGUGGAUUCAGGAAAAUAUCAUACAUUUUGGAGGAGAUCCAGGAUCCGUCACUAUAGCUGGAGAAUCUGCAGGAGGAAUCAGCGUUUCUGCUCAUGUCUUAUCUCCCAUGGCAAAGGGCUUGUUCCAUAAGGCCAUUUCAGAGAGUGGUACUGCAGUCAGGCUUUUGUUCACUGACAAGCCUGAGGAGGAAGCGCAUGUAAUUGCUACUGCCUCUGGCUGUGAAAAAUCCAGUUCAGCUGCAAUAGUCGAAUGCUUAAGAGAAAAAACAGAAGACGAGAUAGUACAGAUAGCACUAAAAUUGCCUUCCAUGUUCUUCAGUGCAUCUGUAGAUGGUGUAUUUUUUCCAAAGAGUCCCAAGCAAUUACUAUCUGAAAAAAUGAUCAAUGCAGUCCCAUAUAUAAUAGGAGUAAAUAACUAUGAAUUUGGAUGGAUUCUUCCUAUGAUAAUGAAAUUUCCUAAUUACACAGAUGGUCUGGAUGAAGAUUUUGCACGUCAAAUAUUACAGAGCAAUUUAGCAACCUUAUUUAAGUGUGAUACUUCUGAAUUUGUUGAUCCAGUAUACAAUGAAUACAUAGGGAAUGCAGAAAAUCGUACUCAGGUGCGAGAUGGCCUUCUUGAGGCACUAGGAGACCUUUCAUUUGCUCUUUCAGCCAUUGAAGUGGCUAGAUACCAUAGAGAUGCUGGCAACCCAGUCUACUUUUAUGAAUUUCAACAUCGACCAAGUUCAGCUGCAGGUGUUGUACCAGAGUUUGUAAAAGCAGAUCAUGGAGUUGAGAUUGCCUUUGUCUUUGGAAAGCCAUUCUUAGCUGGUGAUGUAUCCAUGCUUACUAAA